CGAGCUUAAGGUUAUAUUCUAACGGGUAUACGGUCCUGGAAACAAGCUUUUGGAAACUGAUCCCGAGAUGCGCUCCUCUCACGCAAAUUUAUCUCAUCGGUAUAAGCUCCAUGGAUCGGGUGGUCGACAUGCUUGUCAAUAGCUUCCCGCGACUUGAAGUCCUCCAUAUAGCGCUUUGUAACGAGCACGAUUUUGAAGCAGGAUUUAUUCGGUUAUACAAAAACUAUGCCAACCUUGCCGCUGCUGCAACAUCAGCAACAUCUGAAGUGCGAGAAAACGCAGCUCAAACGCAACGACGACAAUCAGGCCUCCUUAAACGCGUUUUUUUAGAGGGGUGUCUAAGCAUUACGGACCGAGUUCUCUCUACCAUUGGCGACAUAUCAACACUGACGACUCUUAUACUAUACGGACCAUUUCCAGCAGUGUCGUCAGAUGGAAUCAAACAACUUGUUAGAAAACUCGUCAACUUGAAAGAGAUUACAAUUGGUAUCCUAGCCACAGUUAAAGACGACACGCUUAUUGGUGCCUUUGACAACCGUACCACACCGUACCUCGAGAUCGUGCGACUACAGGAUCUAAAAUCUGUGACAGAUUAUGGAAUCAUCAUCGCAACUGACAAUAUAGCUAAAUCAUUGAAAACUUUGACACUGACCCGAUGUCGAUCAGUUACCCAAAGCGCUGUUAAUUUUGCAAAACGAAAGUGCACUGUGUAUGAUUAUCGAUAGCAAUAAAAUAAC